CAUACCUCAUAUAUUGAAAACUACUUAAACUAGUAUAUAUAUAUAUAUAACAUAUAUAAUGCAUUUGAAUUACGGAAUGUGAAUAUGAAUUCCUUGAUUGUGUUGGGAUCUUCCUGCUUUGCAUACAAUCCGCCAAACAAUAAUAGUAUUGCAAAGUCCACGCGACCAGCUUACUCCUGCAGCCUCAAAAAGCAGACCCUCAGAAGCUCUUGGCCUUCCAUCUCGGUUGCCCUUUUCGGUUCGGGUUUCUUCUUGGGACCCUUGAUUGAUGGACUUCACUCCAGGGUUGGUCUUGUGGUGUAUGAUAAAGGAGCCAUUGAUGUUGGUCCACUCCACACAAACAUCUGGGUUCCGGUUUUGCUUGGUUUGUUCUACUGCACUGUUGGAUUACUUCAACUCUUAUUAGAUGAGAGGAGCUCUUCAAAGAUUCCAGAGGGCACACAAGAGAAAGUGUUUGCUUCAUUGAUCGCACUUGUGAUAUUCAUAGAAUUAAGUGCUGAAAUGUACAAAGCUGGAGUUGCAGACAACAUUGAGGCCUACAUAUUAUUUGGAUUAGCAGAGUUUCUUUGGUUAUCCCUUGACAGGACGUUGCUGGGUUUCACCCUAGCAAGCAUUAUUGGAAUCGGUUGCCCCAUUGCCGAAAUUCCCUUAAUCAAGUUCUUCCACCUUUGGUAUUAUCCACAGCCAAACAUUGAAAUCUUUGGUCAGGGGUUAGUCAGCUGGACAAUCACUUGCUACUUCGCUUACACGCCGUUUUUGAUUAAUCUGGCUCGGUGGCUGAAGUCUGUGCUAUCGGCUGAUCGAGAUAACGAUAACGGCAACUUCUUAGAGAAAUAGUUCAGACAUUGUUCCAAAU